AUGGUAAACAAAGGAAAUGCUCCACCGGUUGUCAUGGCAAGGACGAAUGUCACUGCUCUGUCGUCGAAUGCAGCGAAGUCCUUGGUCUCUUAUACAGCUACGGCCUCCAUUACUAUUAUCCAGAAGAGUUGCAUAGCGACCCUGACAAAAAACGCCAAUGCAAAGACUUCUCUACUCAACUCGACGCAGUCAUCAACGUGA